AUGAAUCAAAGAAACUUAAAAAAUAGUGAAAUGAGUGAAAGGGUAGGCUACCGUCAAGCCGCAUUGUCAUAUUCAGCAAGACGACCACCACCCCCUCCUCCUCCAACAUACCCAACACGUCGUGUACAAACUAUACUAAGUUCGUCACAACCCUCAACAACAAAAGACAAAGAAGGAGAUGAACUUCCUAUGGAUUUAACUAAAACAGUCAAACGGCCAUUACCAAAGCCACCCCUUUCCACAUUGAAUCAAACGUCUUAUAAAUUUAAAACACUUAAAAUUCAAAAAAAUAAUGUCACGACAGAAGAGGAGGUGUUAACACGAGCAAAAGACUUGAAUUUAUCAAAGGACAUUCCAUGUCAAUUGCAACAUAUGAUGAACGUGAAAAAGGUCACAAAAUCGACAACAUCUGUCAAAGAAAGUGAACCCAAAGAAGACAAACCAAAGAGGAAAAAGCCCAUGAAAAUGGUAUCACACACCAUGAAGCCAUCAAAAUCUUCGCAUUUUGGUGAAGAAAAACACACCACUUUGUUACUUACUGAAAGAGAAAAGGCAGUUUUCACGUUAAUGCCAAAUGGGUUUCCAAGCGGGAAGACUGGGAUUAGUGCGGGUGUUGGCAGUGUGUUUGAGAAAAAGUAUUUGACCAUCAAUUCUGCAACAAAGCCAUUACUUGCAACAAAAGAUUUGAUGAACGUAGAAGACACUGUCGAGAUCAGAAACUUUUUGAAAGAGGCGGAAGUUGCUGUGCAACAGAUGAAAGAUGACGUGUUACCAUACAACUACAUUCACGCAGAAGUCAUCAAUGGAGCUCUGCAAAACCCUGUGCAAAUUACAGUCAACUCGUCAUAUUUACAAUACAAAACCACAUUUAAAUGCCAGACUGAUAUCACUUGUUUUAAUGUGAAGAAAAUGAUUGAAAAGGGGGUCACCGCAAAAGCGUCGCGCAUGCAAGUCAAUCUAGAUAAGUACACGUUGACUAUAGCAGGGACAAGACAGUACUUUAAAGACGGUGAUCAGUUAAGACAAUACUGUUAUGUGAAUGACUUGUCUCGAAGAGAGAAAGUGCUGAAUUUGGAGUUAAUUGAAAACGCCAAAUUGAAUGAAACACUUCCAAAGUUCCAGAUGAAACAUCAAAAUUUACUUUCAACAUUAACAAGGAAAUGUAAGGCAAGUAAAUUCUGUGAGGAGGUUCUCUCAUUCACCGUCUACGAACUUCUCAAUUUCAAUCCAGAAAUCAUUUACAGGAAAUUCUAUUCGGCAGACGAAAUAACAAACUGUGUAAAAACGUUCAAUGAAAACGGCAACAAUUUUGAGAAACACAAAAUCAAGUUGAGAGUUUCUUGUGUCUUUUAUAUGGGAACAGAUAUACUCUUUGGAAAGGAAUACUCAACGUCGGAAACUUCAGAGACAGCCUUUGACGCUCGUGUGAUGACUGACUUCACUUACUCAAUGCUACCAUUGGAAGUCAGACUUGGUGUCACAUUGUAUGCUUCUCGACAUAAUAAACAGGUCGUUGUUGGGUUUGCGAAUCUUCCUUUGUUUGACUUCCAAAAUUUCUUAGUCUCCGGGUAUGUCAAUUUAAGGAUGUGGCCUGACGAGGAGUCCGACGCGGUGUCGUCGCCGCUCCAAAACCCAUCGCCAUACGCACCAAUGUUAACCCUCAAAUUUCCAGAUCCAGAAAUUCGAAUUGUGUACGACGACUACCAAGCUAAAUACGCGAAAGUCCCGAAGAAUUUAAGACCAAUUUCUGCCGAAGUAGAACAACUUGCUGUACAUAACGACCCGUUCCAACCACUUACAGACACCCAGAGAAAUGAAAUAUGGCAGAACAGAUAUAACAUUCUGAUACAAUUUCCAGACUCACUCGACUUGUUACUAAGAGCAGUGCCUUGGAAUGAAUUUAGAGCAAGAGAGGAGAUGGCUGAUCUGAUUAAAAUAUGGCCUGGAAUUGGUCCGAUACAGGUGAUCGGGUUGUUGGAUGUGCGAAACAGUUUUAAGCCGGCUCGAGAAUAUGCAGUUCGACUCUUGCACAACGCAAACGACAAAGUUAUAUUAGGGUACUUGCCACAGUUCAUUCAAGUCUUGAAAUUUGAAUCAUACACAUGUUCUGCUCUUGCUUUGUUCCUUCUGAAAAGAGCUUUAAAGUCACGCGGCGAUAUUGGACAGCUGUUCUAUUGGCUUAUUGUUGGUGAGAAUGAGAAAACUAAAAUAUCACUGAGGUCCAAGUUGCUUCUUGAGAUCUAUAACACAAUGUGUGGGUCCCAACUCCCCGAACUGAAAACACAAGAGAAUUUCAUUAAAAAUUUGGAAGAGACUGCAAUCAACGCGAAGAAGUGGACUGAAGAGGAGACAAAGAUGAAUCUUCCAAAGAAUUUGGGUGUUGUGAAUUGUGCGUUCCAACAAAACCAACUGACACUUCCUUUCACAUCACGAGAGACUGUGAGUUGUGUUGUAGUGGAUAAAUGCAAACUCUUUGAUAGUAAUGCACACCCCAUUCUCCUUGUCUUUCAGUCGUCUGCUAUAUUCACACAACAACUCACAAGAUUCAUAUUCAAAGUUGGUGAUAAUUUAAUGCAAGACAUGUUGACUCUUCAAAUGUUCAAGUUAAUGGAUGGGAUGUGGAAGAAAGAAGGUCUUGAUUUUAGAAUGACCAUUUACAACGUUCUUGCGACAUCUACGAACUCUGGAAUCAUUCAAUUUGUGCCCAACUGCGAGACGGUGAACGCGAUUCAGACUAAAGGGAGAGGCAUUUCUGGGGUAUUUGACUCUGCAUGUAUAUAUGAGUGGCUUAAGGCUAAGAACCCGAAUGAGAGUGAAUUAAAAGAGGCUAUUGAAAACUUCACGUAUUCAUGUGCGGGGUAUUGUGUGGCAACGUAUGUCAUUGGAGUGGGGGAUCGACACAACGACAACAUUUUAAUAGCAAAGGAUGGACAUCUGUUCCACAUCGAUUUUGGCCAUUUCUUGGGAAACGUCAUUAAACUUGGAUUUUAUAAAAAGGAGAGUGCGCCGUUUGUGUUGACUGUGGACUUUUUGUACGUCAUCACAAUGGGAAACGUCAGUAUGGAAAAUUACAAAGUCUUUGAAGAUAUCUGCACGAAAGGGUUUUUGAUUCUGAGAACAAACGCAAAGACAUUCAUUUACUCGUUUAUGAUGAUGUUGUGUUCUGGAAUACCACAACUCAAACAUGUGGAGGAUGUCCAAUAUCUCAAAGACGCAUUCAUGCUUGACAAGUCGGAUGAAGAAGCAGAAGUCGACUUUAGGGCAUUGAUCACACAGAGCCUUGGGACAUUCAGAACACGACUCAACUUCUUCAUGCAUUCCAUGGUACACUAA